UAUAAAAAUUAAUGGUAAUACCUACGCUUUUCUCUCCGAAAAAAAUAUACUGUCGGUUCGAUGCCGCGAUAAUACAUACGUAAUCGAUAUAUAUGUCGCGAUAAUGCAAGGAACUGUCAAUACUUUCAAAGUAUCAGGCGGAGAGUGUCGAUGCUAAAGUAUCGGAGUAUCGGGGCGAGACUAUUGAGAUUGCCUCAAUAGUAUUGAAUAUCGUUAGCGAUUCAACCUAUUGCCGGUCUCUUGAUAUCGUCAUUUUCGUACUCGAGUAGCGCGCUCCAGGAUUCGCCUGGUUCUUAUCAGUUAAUUAUCUCUCACCCGGAUGGCGACUAAUUAUAGGCCGGAAACUAAAGCGCGGUCCAAGCUUGACCGGAAGUGUCGUGCUUAUUGUUCGAAAUUCGUUGCCCCGACGUGGGCUUUUCGGUACCUUUUGGACGGGGGAGCAUACAGAGGGGAAACAUACAGAGAAAGAGAGAACGGGAUGUCCGAUACAGCCGCCGGCUGUGAGCAGACGUGUAAACGCACAGAGCACUCUCCCGCUUUGCUGGCUAUCGGGUUUGAUGCGGUCACGUACACAGAGAAGUGGCGCAGAUGUUGCGGAAUUGUUCAUCGAUUGUUUUUACCUAGUUCCGCGUUUUACGGAGCGCCGAUAUUAUUUAUCGACCUAACGCGCCCCCUCCACCCCUUCUCCAAAUUACGCGCUAUUUCGCGUCUCCGUUUUUUUUUUUACUACCGAUAUUUAGUAACGAUUUACAAAGCGCGCAAUGAAAGAUUCUAUUUUGUUGCUUAUAAUUCGAACGUACAUAGAAUAAUAUUCGCUAUACAAGUGUGAAAAAAAGUAACCUGCGAAAGCUAACAAUGGAAAAUAGAAUAUUUUUCAUUCCAGCUCAGAGUCUGCAAAAUAUUGGUUGGUGGUAUUGUUGUUUCAGCUUCAUAGUUAACAUUUUUAUAUAUUUUAAUACUAAAAACAAAAAAGAAAACCAUAAUAUAAAAAAAAGAAAUAGAAUGAUUUUUUUAGAAUACAAAUUUAACAAGACACAUAUGCAAUUUCAUAUUACACGUUUAAUCAUAUUGCGUUAUGUGAGACAAAGAAUUUAAAUAUUUAAUGAAUUAAUAUGUAAUAUUAAAACGUGGUUUAUUGCAUGAUAAUGCUUACUGAUUUUCGAUGAAGUUUCCGAUUCAUAUAUUCCUUUCCAUUAUCGAAUUAAAUAACCUGAUUUCUAAUUUUUCAACUUAUGUCGGUGGUAUAAUAAAAAUCAAUAUACAUUUCUACCCGUGUGCCAUAUAUAGAAUAUCCGCAUUACUUUCUGACACAUUUUCUAAUAAAUUAUUGAUACGUGCAAGACAUAUACAUAAUUAUAUGUGUGAUCUAAUUUUACCAUAAAAUUGGAAUUGUCUUGCUUCGAAAGAACUUUCAAUUGAAUUAUUAACUAAUAUUUCUUUCUCUCUCUCCUUCUCUUUCUCUCUCUCAAAAGUAAGAUGAAAAUAAAAUGAGAUUAAACUGAAUCAUUUUACUUAUUUAAUGAAAUAGUAUUUUUGAAUGAGUAUUGAUGGAACACACUAUUUACAGAUUAAGGGGUUAGACCCCUUUACAAUUUUCAAAAAAUCGAAAAUUUUUUUUUUGCUUUAAAAAAUAGUUUGAAGCCUCUAAAAUAACAUGCAAAAGGUCCGAAGUUAAAGUUCGAAUUAUUUCACGAGAUAUAGAGUCUACAACGGACUCCUGUACCUGCGCGUCAGCGCGUAACAAUAGACCGAGCGCGCCAGCAAUAGAAUGAGAUCGGCAGAUGAAAACAGGCUCAGUGCCCUUGAGGUCCCUAUGUGCCUAGAGUCCCCUCCACUACUUUCUAACGUAUUUUUCGACAGUUUAAAUCUCUACAGUCGUUAGUCAUACAUCGACGACGAAGCACGUGUACGAAAUGGAUCAGCAAAAAAGAAUUAAUCGAAAAGGUUCAAGAUCUAUAUUAGGACGUGCUAGCAGACCUAAAAAACGACCAACUCCGCCAAAUCGUCAUUCCUUUGGUGAAACGAGUUCUUCCGCGAAAAAACUAAAACAUUCUGACGAGGAAGUACCGAUAAGUGCGACGCAUGGAUAUCGAAUAAUUAGUUUUGUGGCGAUAUUUUCGAGUUUGAGCGAAAUGUUGAAAUGUAAAACAUGUAAUGGCAAUAUAAAUUUCUCUGAAUCGAAUAUUUGCGGACUUGGAUUUAAAUUGGUUGUAAAUUGUGACAAUUGUGAACCGCGGUAUAUAAAUUCGUGCCCGCUUAUUAAAAACGCGUAUGAAAUUAAUAGACGGAUUGUAUUUGUUAUGAGACUUCUCGGAAUUGGUUAUGAUGGAGUAAAAAAGUUUUGCGGUCUAAUGGACAUUUCAAAAAUGUUUACCAAAAAUGUAUAUUAUGACAUUUUAGAAAAUAUACAUAUCGCGUCGAAAGCUGUCACCUCUAUAUUAUUUUCUGAAGCUGCUUGUGAAGAAAAACUGUUAACAGCACAAGCAGAAAAUACAUCUGAACUGGCAGGAUUAUAUGUUUCUGGUGACGGAACAUGGAGAAAGCGAGGUUUUUCGUCCUUACAAGGUGUCGUGUCGCUAAUUGGUAUACAUUCUGGCAAAGUUUUAGACAUUAUCGUAAAAUCAUUAUAUUGCAAGGGUUGCGAAUAUGGAAAAAAAAUUGAGAAUACACAGGAAUUCGAAACGUGGGAGGAAUCACAUAAGGAUACGUGCUCAAUUACUCACGAAGGAAACGCGGGAAAAAUGGAAGUAGACGGAGCGGUAGAAAUGUUCGCAAGAUCUGAGGAAUUACAUGGCGUGAAAUAUACAUCAUACAUCGGCGACGGUGACUGUAAGACAUAUAAAGGAAUUGUUGAAUCUCGACCUUACGGAGAUGAUGUCUUGAUCAAUAAAAAAGAAUGUGUCGGUCACGUUCAAAAACGAAUGGGUGCACGGCUCCGUAAAGUAAAGAAAGACACGAAAGGAUUAGGAGGAAAAGGGAAAUUAACAGCUAAAUUGAUAGACGAAUUGAGCGUGUAUUAUGGAUUGGCUAUCAGGAGACAUAAGGAUUCAAAAGAAGAAAUGAAAACAGCAAUAUGGGCUACGCUUAAACACAAAUGUUCUACCGACAAUAAUCCGCAGCACGACAACUGUCCUCCUGGGCCAAAUAGUUGGUGCACCUGGCAAGUGGCCAAGGCGAACAAUAAACUAACAGAAUAUGUUCAUAAACCAGCUCUACAUCAAGAUGUCAUAAAAGCAAUCACCCCUAUCUAUGAAGAACUGAGCAGGGAUGAUUUGCUAGAGCGUUGUGUGGGUGGUUACACUCAAAAUAAUAACGAAAGCCUUAACGGAUUAAUUUGGUCCUUUGCUCCCAAAAAAUUAUUCAGUGGCUUAAAAACCGUGGAAAUAGCUACAAAUAUUGCCGCCAGCAUAUUCAAUAAAGGCUAUGCAAGCAUUAUUUUAAUGAUGAACAUAAUGGACAUUACUAUCGGUCCGAUUACAAAUAGCAUUUGUGAAACUCUGGACGAGAGACGGAUUUCGAUCGCCGAGGCGCGAAUGUUGCAAAUGUCUAAAGAAAGCCGAACUGCGCGCAGACAAGAAAGAAUGUCCAUUCAGGAUUCCCUGUGCGAGAAGAAGAAUUUAUAUUACGAAGCAGGAAUGGCAGAUUAGCGACAAGCCAAAAUGGCGGAAUUAGGUACACCAGUUGACCGCGCAAAAAAAAACACGUUUUAGUAAUAAAUUUAUAACUCCUAUAAUUAUUAAUAUUUUUAAUUGUAAUUUUAUAUCUUAUAUGUUUAUUGUAUACUUAGAUCAUAUGCCAAAUAGCAACUUCGUAGUUUUUAUAGUUCUCCGUUAAUCAACGUUCAAAAAACACCUAUUUUUUAAGCCCGUCAAGGGGGUCUAACCCCUUAA